AACUGCUUUGAAUGCGGUGCUCACAACCCUCAAUGGGUCAGUGUGACAUAUGGAAUAUGGAUCUGUCUAGAGUGCUCUGGAAAGCACCGUAGCCUAGGUGUCCACCUAAGCUUUGUCCGGUCUGUGUCAAUGGAUAAGUGGAAAGAUUCUGAGCUUGAGAAAAUGAAGGCAGGAGGCAACAGGAUGUGCAAAGAAUUUUUCAAGUCUCAGCCUGACUACAAAGAAGGGAUGGGCCUACAGGAGAAAUACAACACCAAAGCUGCUGCUCUUCUGAGAGACAAGGUGUCAACCGUGGCAGAAGGCAAAUCAUGGAGUAUAGAGUCGUCGUCUGCUAGAAACUACGUGGCAUUCCAACCAGCUCGUCUGGCCUCUUCCGCGUCUACAUCUCGUCUGUCAGCCAACAACACGUCAUCGUCAUACAGUGGUGGUGGCGGCGGCAGUUUUCACAACAGCAGCAGCACUGGAGACCUGGGUGGCUCCUACAACAGUGGCUACCAAGACUCUGACUCCCUGUCCAAUGACUACGUGAAGAGACAGAAGGACAACUACUUUAGCAAAGUCCAACAAGAAAAUGCCAGCAGACCAGAUCAUUUACCUCCGAGCCAAGGGGGAAAGUACACUGGCUUUGGAAACACCCCCUUUGAGUCUGAGAAAAAGGACGAUUUUUUUGACAACACAAUGUCUUCUUUAUCAUCGGGAUGGUCGAUGUUUGCCGUCAGUGCUACAAAGUUUGCUUCAGCCGCCUCAGAAAAG